AUGACGAAUCCCAUUGUCGACAACAACGAAGCCGGGAAACCCUUUGCACACGAUGUGCAGCUGGAGCACAUGGACGAUCUCAAGGUAGCUGAGGGGUGGAAUCAAGUCCGUGAGGACGCGAUUGCGGCCGAAGAGGCCGAGCACCAAAUCAGCCUCCGGGAGGCUUUCCGCCUGUACCCGACUGCCAUCUUCUGGUCCUUUGCCAUGAGUCUUGUCAUCAUCAUGGAGGGAUACGACACUUACCUCCUUGGCUCGAUCUUGGCUCUCGAACCUUAUCGCCAGAAGUUUGGAACUUACACAGAAGCCCAUGGGUGGCAGCUCCCCGUGCAGUGGCAGACUGCUGUCGGCCAGGCUCCCACCAUUGGAAAUGUCAUUGGCAUCUUUAUCGCCUCGUGGUUCCAGGACCGCUACGGCUACCGCCACACCAUCCAGAUCUCACUCGUCCUCAUGACGGCCUUCAUCUUUGUCGUUUUCUUCAGUACCAGCAUUGAGAUGCUCUUUGUUGGAGAGCUGCUGUGUGGUAUCCCCUGGGGAGCUUUCUCGAGCUCGGCGGUCAGCUACGCCAGCGAGGUCGCUCCGCUGUGCCUUCGUGGCUACAUGACUACCUAUAUCAACCUCUGCUGGGUUAUCGGCCAGUUCAUCGCCAGUGGUGUGCUCCAGGGAAUCCAGCACCGCACCGACGUGUGGUCGUACAAGAUCCCCUGGGCUGUCCAGUGGGUUUGGCCGAUCCCCCUCUUCAUUCUGGCUUGGAUGGCUCCCGAGAGCCCUUGGUUCUACGUUCGUGCCGGUCGCCUUCCCGAGGCUGAGAACUCGGUUCGCCGCCUGCAGAGCAAGUCGGAGAAGCUCAACCCCGCAAACACUGUGGCCAUGAUGGUCAGAACCAACCAGCUCGAAAUCGACAACGAGACGGGUUCGUCGUACUGGGACUGUUUCAAAGGCACGGACCUUCGCCGCACAGAGAUUGCGUGCAUUGGCUGGGCCGGACAAAUUCUCUCGGGAUCGUCGUUUGCCAACAUGCCCACCUACUACUUUGAACAAGCUGGCCUCUCCGCUGCCAACGCGUUCAAGCUCGGUCUGGGCACCAUGGCCAUCGCCUUUGUCGGCACAUGCAGCUCAUGGAUUACGCUUACGUACUUUGGUCGACGUACGAUUUACCUCACGGGACUUUCGGUGCUUUGUGUCUUGCUGUUUGUGAUCGGCGGCCUGGCGUUCCCCGCCGAGAACAGCGAGACCGCCAGAUGGGUACAGGCCGCCUUUGUGAUUCUCUGGGUGCUUUUCUACGACCUAACGGUCGGUCCUAUUGCCUACUGCGUCGUGGGCGAGGUUUCCUCCACUCGUCUUCGUGGCAAGACGGUCGGGCUCGCUCGUAUCACCUACAACAUUACCAGUGUGGUUGUCGGCAUUAUCUGCACCUACCAGAUUAACCCCACCGCCUGGAACUGGAAGGGAAAGGCUGGCUUCUUCUGGGGUGGCUCUUGCUUCCUCAUCCUCGUUUGGGCCUACUUCCGUCUUCCCGAAUGCAAGGACAGGACUUUCCGUGAGCUCGACGUGCUCUUUGAGCGCCGCGUGUCUGCUCGCAAGUUUAAGAGCACCGAGGUCAAGGAAACGGAUGACGCCUAA